AACCAAAGAGCCACACGUCUCGCCAUCCCUCCAUAGAUAGGAAACAGGUGGGAAGAACCCAACGACCCUCCCCUUGGCCUGCUUCUCUCAUCAAGUUGGGACCUCCCAGAAGGAGCCACAGGGCUGGAGGAAAACGGAUGAAGGAGCCACCGAGGAGGGCAGAGGAAACGGAGAAGAAGGGAGAAAGAGAGGAUGCUGUUCCCAUAUGGGACUGUGGGAGCCCUCUGUAUGACUCAUUUGAGCUGGCUUCUCUCUGCCACCUCCUCGACCGCCACCAGAUGACCCUGCCCUUCUCCAAGGAGUCGGUGAGGUUCAGCGGAAGGUUCUGCGACGAGCCAGACGAGAUGCUGGGAGAACAGAGGAUGGUGGCUGGGCGGAGGGGAACGAAGGAGAAGGCUAAGAAGAGGAGCAAGGGGGGACUGCGUUCCAUGUUUACUGCCAUCGCUUUCUGGAGGAGGACAUGAUCAAGUGCAGCUCUAUGCCACCUUUUCCUUCCGUUAGUUUUCUCCUGGACCUUCAAUACUUUGUGCGUAUGAUGAUAUGGAAUUGAAAUAAAAUUGCAUCGACUGGGUCAUCGUGCAUGUUUCCGCCAUGAA